GUCAUGGCCGACCAGUCUGUUAGGAUGGUGACAGCCAUCGUGUUGCACAGUGUCUUCUUCCUCUCAGGUGCUUCUGCUGAUUGUUCUGAGGAUUCAGGUCUAUUCAUCACCGCACCAAAAGAGAUGGAAGCACUGACUGGAUCUUGUUUGCAAAUUCCAUGUAACUUCAGUGUUAAACAAGGACUGGAAUUCAACAGCACAACAACAACCUUUGGAGUGUGGAUUAUAAAUAACUUUGGCCAACAUCCAAAUAAUGUGAUUUUCAACAGUAGUGGGACAGUUUCCACAUAUCCGAUGAGUUUUACUGGAGACUUGAGUCAGAAAAACUGCACCACUUUAUUUUCCAGUUUAAAAACAACAUACACAGACACAUACUACUUCAGGGUUGAGAACCGGCCAUUUCUAGCAACAGCUGUUUGUGAUGUUCUUCAAAUAACAGUUAGAGACUUUUAUUCUCCUCCAAAUCCCAGGAUUGAGAUCUCAGGUGAUGUGAAGGAGAAGGAGUCUGUCUCUAUCAGCUGCUCAGCUUCCACUCCCUGUCCACACUCUCCUCCUCAACUCACCUGGAACCUCCAACCAGACUCUCACCUCAUGAUGGAGGAAAACAAAGAUGGAACCUUCACAACUAGAAUCCAGAAGAGCAUCACUCUGUCACAUGAACAUGAUGGAUUCAUCAUCAGCUGUUCUGCCAGAUAUCCUGUGAAUGAAGGAAAAGAUGUAAAGACGUCAGAGGAGAGAAAGACUCUCAGUGUUGCGUUAGAAGUCUCCACAUCCAACUGCACAUCAGAGUCAGCAGAAUCAGCCUGUGGAGAGACAGUGACAACAGAAGAAGAAGGCGUCCACUAUGGAGAGAUUAACUUCUCGGGGCUCAGAUCUGGACCGUCCUCGGUCUCGGAGCAGGACGGUGGACAGCAGGAGGACACGCUGUAUGCGCAGGUCAAAGUGUCCAAGGCAGCAGACAACGUCACACGGACUGCUGGCGUCCCAGAGGAUCUCUACGCUCAAAUGAAGAGAAAAUGA